GCUGGGAUAUUGCUAGGUAUGAAGGGGCAAUUGACUAUUCAAAAGUCUUCAUUUUUGUCACACGGUCUUGUGGACAUUUAUUUUUGUCACUAUCAAAUUUUUAUGCAUGGACCUAAAUAUGGAACCAGAAAUAUCUCAGUAGCACACGAAUGAGACACAGGUUACACUCGUGAUUUCAACACGUUGUCUACACCAUGAAUACAGCGAUCACCUACCACUGGGCAGGAGUGUGAUAGUAUGGACACUUGUCUACAUUUUCUACAAUAUGGAAUAUCAUUCAAAUGAUUUAGCGUGAAUCAAAAUCGAUUGGUCACUGUGUGAACUGCCACCUUUGAGAUAAGCUUCACCUUUAAACCUCGCAAUGGGCGCUCUCUCAGGUUGCGCCUACUUCAUAUUACUGUUGUUUCAUCUGUGCAUCCGAGUGUCGAACACUGCUACAUGUGAAGACUCACGGAAUUUCGACUGUGCCUCCCUUGAACGCACCAGCCAAAUCUGUUCCAAGUUUCUUCACAGCCAGGAAACAAGAGUUUUCUGUCCAAAAUACUGUGGAAUCUGCUCAGAUGAAAAUGCGGAACUUUCAUCAUCGAAGUCAUCGGCAUUCCCGUCAACUGCAACUGCAUCGUCCCCGUCAACUGCAACGGUUUGGGCGACGAGGAAACAACCACAAUCUGCCCAGUAUGACGGGCCAUGUGUAGAUGACCCUGGUAUUGACUGCGCUGAUCUGAACCGAACUGCGCCACUGUGUACAACAUUCCGCCAUAGUGACGACACAAAGAAGUACUGUCCUAAGUUCUGUGGACUCUGUGGGACAGGGAAUCCAAGCCCGACGUCACCAGCAAUGUCAACGUCGUCACUGACGUCAGCCAUGCAGCACGUUACGGCUGCCCCGUACCACGGGCCAUGUGUAGACGAUCCGUCUUUUGACUGUGCUGAUAUGGACCGAACAGGGCACAUAUGUACAACUUUCCGCGAGAGUGAUGACACUAGGAAGUACUGCCCAAAGUACUGUGGACUGUGUGGGACAGGUAUUUACAAACCAGGGAAUCCAAGCCCGACGUUAUCACCAAUGUCAACGUCGUCACUGACGUCAGCCAUGCAGCACGUUACGGCUUCCCCGUACCACGGGCCAUGUGUAGACGAUCCGUCUUUUGACUGUGCUGAUAUGGACCGAACAGCGCACAUAUGUACAACUUUCCGCGAGAGUGAUGACACUAGGAAGUACUGCCCAAAGUACUGUGGACUGUGUGGGACAGGGAAUCCAAGCCCGACGUCAUCACCAAUGUCAACGUCGUCACUGACGUCAGCCAUGCAGCACGUUACGGCUGCCCCUUACCACGGGCCAUGUGUAGACGAUCCGUCUUUUGACUGUGCUGAUAUGGACCGAACUGCACACAUAUGUACAACUUUCCGCGAGAGUGAUGACACUAGGAAGUACUGCCCAAAGUACUGUGGACUGUGCGGGACAGCUCAGGCAACACCGUCGCCAGCACCAGUCAGCGGCUUGACAACCAGCUCUUCCUCCUUCACUGGACCUUGCGUGGAUGCCAUGGGAAUGGACUGCGCCGACCUGGACCGCACUGCCCACAUCUGCACCACCUUCAGGGACAGCCAGAACACCAGAGAUCUCUGCCCCAGAUACUGUCACCUCUGUACCCCCGAGCCGGUGUCUGUUUCAACGUGUCAUGACGCUGAUGGAGCAGACUGCGCUGACCUUGACCGCACCGCCAACAUAUGCACCACUUUCAGGGACAGUCAGAGCACAAGGGAGUUAUGCCCUAAAUUCUGUGGAUUAUGCUCUGAUGGAGCUACUACAGAGAAGACAUCCGCUCUUCCGCCAUCAUCCUCAUCACGGUAUCAAUCUACAACCCGAUUCAGAGACACAACCACACACCAGGGUCUAACUGCCAAGCCUUCAGAAACAACCACAUCAAGGCGUCCAGAUUCCACCCCAACCAAACCUACAGACACAACCAUCCCUAGGCGUCCAGAUUCAACCUCAACCAAGCCUACAGACACAACCGCACCAAUGCAGCACACAGACAGGACUACUUCAAGAAAUCCCGGGAAGACCUCAACCAAGCUUCCAGAAACAACCGCUAUCCCUCACACGGACACCACGUCAAUACUUCACCACAGGACUUCACAGCCAGCCACGACUGUUCCUGUGUCGAUGACAACUCCAAGUCUGGAACAAAUCUUUGAGCUGAGCUUCCAGAGAAGUGACAUCGACCAUGAUGGAGCUUUGUCGCUGUUAGACUUUGAGAAGCUGUGGCUUCAACAAGACGUGAAUGGUGAUAGGCGGGUCACUAUAGCGGAGUACGCGGCUGUCUCGCAUUUCUCCAAGUUCAUCACGACGGAACUGUUCCUGUUCAUUGACCAUGACCAUAACGGAGUCAUCAGCCUGCAAGAGGUGCCACGGCUGUUCAUGGAAUAUGAUUCAAACAGUGAUGGUGUGAUAGAGAAGGCGGAAUUUAUAGCUGAAUUCCGCAGGAUUUACAACUUUGUGAAGGACCAUGUUAAAUAAGAAAACGUGCAUGCAGUCUCAAGAAAGAAGACAAUUUA